GAAAGAUUUUGUCCUUCACUCUGGAAUCACUGAGUCAGAAGGAGAAAAAUUAGAAAGCGGUCGGUUAAUGGCGGGGCUGUAAGACCAGGAACUGCUACAAACUGCCUGUUUGGUUCUUUGUAUUAUGGCAAAUGUCAAGCAGAAACAGUUCUUCAGGACUGGACACGUGUCUGGAGGUAAAACAGAUGCCGAAUCUGGAAGAACAAAACGUCACGGGAAGGUAAACGGAGUGACGGAACAGCUAGAGGUCCACACUAAGUCCCUUAAUGACUCACUGGAAGGAGACGUUAGAGACUUCCUAGUAAACGAGGCUGAGCUCCACACCUACGAUGACCUGACCAAAGUCAACCCUGUAACCCCAACCACAGUGCUUAAAUGCCUGCAGGCACGUUACAGCUCCAGAGUGUUUUACACCCACGCCGGCUGCACGCUGGUGGCACUGAACCCCUUCCAGCCGAUUCCUCACCUUUACUCUCUGGACGUGAUGCGCGAGUACCACUCCGCUCCCCAACCUCAGGACUUUAAACCUCACAUCUUCAUCGUAGCUGAAGAGGCGUACAGGAACGUUCAGGGUCAAGUUGAACCCGUCGACCAGUCACUAGUGGUUUCAGGGGAGAGUGGAGCCGGGAAGACUUGGACAUCACGCUGCCUCAUGAAAUACUACGCCACAGUGGCUGCUUCAUCACAGAAGUGUCAGCACACGGUGGAGAGGAUAGAGAGACGGGUGCUGGACUCCAACCCUGUCAUGGAAGCUUUCGGUAAUUCUUGCACUUUACGCAACAACAACAGCAGCCGCUUCGGAAAGUACAUCCAGCUUCAGAUGAACAGUUCUCAGUUGCUGGUAGGGGCGUCGGUGCAAACGUAUCUCCUGGAGAAGACCAGAGUGGCCUUUCAAGCUCCUAACGAGAGGAAUUUCCACAUAUUUUAUCAGAUGAUGAAGGGGGCCUCGGAUCAGCAGAGACAGGAGUGGGAGAUGCCUCCUGACCAGAAGUUUUCCUGGUUGCCAAAUUCGGAGAAAACUUUAGAAGAGGAUUGCUUCCAGGAGACGGUUGAAGCUAUGGUCAGCCUUGGCAUUGAUGCAGACAAGCGUGCACAGAUUUUCAGGAUCCUGGCAGGUCUUCUACAGCUGGGGAAUGUGAGCUUCAGUCCUGCUCCUGAGUCUGAGCCCUGUAGCCUCGAUCAGCAGUCCAAAGGUUUUCUCGAGAAGACGGCGGCUCUGUUGCGUGUGCCAGCAGAUGAGCUGCAGGAGUGUGUAAGCGUACGGAUGCUGCGUGCAGGAAAGCAGAGCACCCUGAUCAAGCCCUGUUCACAGAGCGAGUGUGUUGUGCGCAGAGACUGUCUUGCUAAAGUCAUCUACGCACGACUCUUUGAUUGGUUGGUCAGCUUCAUCAACAGCAGCAUGUGUGCGGACGACUCCAAGUGGUGCAACUUCAUUGGCCUUUUAGACGUGUAUGGCUUCGAGUGCUUCCUGCUGAACAACCUGGAGCAGCUGUGCAUCAACUACGCCAACGAGAAGCUGCAGCAGCACUUCGUAGCUCACUAUCUGAAAGCCCAGCAGGAGGAGUACGUGGCCGAGGGACUGCAGUGGUCCUUCAUCCGCUACCAAGACAACCACAGCUGCCUGGAGCUGAUCGAAGGAAACCCCACCGGCAUCUUCUCUCUGCUUAAUGAGGAGUGCCGUUUGAACAGAGCCUCCGAUGCCAAGCAGUUCCGGGAGCGUCUAGAAAAGGAGCUUUCUGACAACAGCAGUAUGAGCUGGGACAAGUUUAGCAAGCAACCCCACUUUGUGGUGGCUCACUACGCAGGCAAAGUGAGCUACCAGAUCGAGGGCAUGAUGGAGAAGAAUAAGGAUCCAGUCCCGCCUGAACUUCUCAGCUUACUGCAAAAGUCAGAGGAUCGUCUGUUACAGAGUCUUUUUGCCGACUCCGACUCUAAAGGAAACGCUCGGGGCCACAGCAAAGUCGUCACUGUCGUCUCCAAAUUCAAGAACUCCUUGGAGAAUUUGAUGAAGAUUCUGCACAGCACCACUCCUCAUUACACACGCUGUAUUAAACCCAACCCCGACUGCCAGCCGCUUACCUUUAAAAAGGAAGAGGUCAUCACACAGCUGGAGGCAUGUGGAAUAGUGGAGACCAUCCACAUCAGUGCUGCAGGUUUCCCAAUCAGGGUUCCCUUUGACAACUUUAUCCAGCGGUAUGGGUUGAUCACCAACACCAGGCUCCUGACACAAGGAGCUAAGCAUGGGGAUCAGAUCGCUCUAGGACCUGCUGUACAGGAUAUUCUAAAUGCAGUCCUAAGGACCAGUUCUCCUAACCCCAACCCCAUUCACAACAACAAUAAUAACAAUAACAACAACAAAAACAACAAUGUGAUGGUGCAUUGUGGGAAGACCAAAGUGUUCCUGACGCAUGCUAUGUUGGAGCUUUUGGAGCAGCAGAGGUACAGAGCGCGCUGUCAGAAGGCUUUCUCUAUCCAGUGCUGCUGGCGAAGACACCUGCGCCGCCAGAGAGCCAUCAGGACAAAGUGUGCCACUUUAAUACAAGCAGUGGUGCGGGCUUGGCUGGUCAGAAGAGAGGUGAGGAGAUGGCACAAAUCAGCUACCAUCAUCCAGAAUAAAUGGAGGUCCUGGAGGACUUUGAUGGACUCCCUGGCUGAGGCAGAGCUGGACAAUGCCGAGGACCUCCAAGAACAAGAAGAAGCGUGCGCCUUGCUGCUUCAGAGAAGCUCUGUGCAGCUCUCCAACUUGCCCAAUCCUAAAGCAGUCAGCAGUCUGCCUUUGGGCCUGGCUAUGACCUUCACCCCAAGCAUCACCGUUACUCUGACCACUACAGGUUUCCACAAGGUCAUGUCCAUCAUGUCCACACUGAAGAUGCCCUUGAGGAACGGCGAGUACAAAGUGGAGCCCAACCAGUUUAGGCAUGGUGUUGCCUCUAUCCGGGCCCAGCCACAGGGCUCCGUGAAGCUUCAUCUGCAGAGAUCUCCUCUCCGCUACGCUGACACACACCCAGGAUCCCACACUGACCAAGUGACUGGGUUUAAUCAGAUUCUCUUGGAGAAAACAUAACUGCUCCUCCAUAUCACACUAUCCUUCUUGCUAAUUAACCAAAGCAAGUGAAACCCAAAUCAACGCAACUUUAAAAUGCACAAGAAUGAAUGCCAGU